CUCUGGUUGGUUUCAGUUUCCAUUCUGAGUUUGACCCUCCUAUCUUCAGCAGAGCAUAUAAAGCACUACCCAACCUAUCUUCCUCAUCAUUUAUGAUACAGACAUCCAAGAUGAGUAUGGAUCGUGAAAGGGUCUUGAGAAGAAAACUUCACCAGCUGGAAUGUCACUUUACGUGGGCUCUGACAAAAGGUGACAUAGAUCUACCUAAAGUUCUCAACAGCCUGGAAGAACAGCUUAAGUUGGAUUUUGGAAAAAAAGAAGCACUUGGACGUGGUUACUGUGCUUUAGCAUAUGUUAAAUUUCUUCAGGGGUUUCAGGAAGAAGCACUUAACAAUCUGAUGACAUCUGUGAAGCUCUACAUAGAGCACCAUGAGGAGGAAUUUCACAAAACUCUCAUUGUCACAUAUGGGAACCUUGCCUGGGCAAACUACCACAUGAAGAACUAUACAGAGUGUGAAAGUUACCUGCAGAAACUACAGAUGAUAAAUGAAAGACAUUCAACUGAGGCUUCAUCUGUUCCAGAGGUGCUUGGUGAGAAGGGAUGGACCUUUCUUAAAUUUUCUCACAAAUAUUACGAGCGAGCCAAAGAAUGUUUCAAGAAGGGUUUGGAGCUGGAACCAGAAGAUAGUGAAUGCAACGCUGGCUAUGCCAUUGCUCUGUUUCGGACAGAGAUUGAGGACUUCACUAUGGAGAAUUCACCCACAAUCAAGCAACUGAGACGGGCCAUCGAAACAAAUCCUGAUGAUGAUGUUCUUAAAGUCUUUUUAGCAAUGCGACUAAUUAGAUACAAGAGAUAUGAUGAAGCUGAAAUCUUAGUAGAGAAAGCUUUAGAAAGAUCUCCAGAUCAUCCACACGUCAUGCGAUAUGCUGGGAAAUUCUUCAGGAUAAAAGGAUGUGUGGACAGGUCUAUUUCUCUGUUGAGCAAAGCCCUUGAGCAGUCACCUAAUUCAAGUUUCAUACAUCAUCAGCUAGCUUUCUGCUAUAAGAUAAAGAAAAUCCAACUGCUGCAAGAGGGAAAUCACCACGCUAAAGGGUCUUGGGUUCAACAGAUUCGUGAUCAGAUCAUCUACCAUUUAGAAAUGGCUACCACCCAUGCACCCUACUUCAUUACUGCAAUGAGUGAUCUUGCACUGCAUUAUGGUGAACGGCGUGAAAUUUCACAUGCUGAAGAGUUGUUUCAGAUGACGUUCCAAACAGCCAAAGAGAAAAAUGAUGAUCUAUACCUGGUCAGUUUUUACUACGCUGAAUUCCAGUUGCACUGCAAAAGAUGUCAAGCUUUAGCUAUCGAGCACUACAUGCAAUGCCUGAAGUUGAACCCAAGUUCACCUGAAGGGAAGAGAAGUUAUUACAGUUUGAAAAAGAUUGCAGAGAAACGUAUUCGUGAAAACACACAGGAUGGUGAAGCUUAUGCUAUACUAGGAUUCCUUCACAAAGAAAAAGGAGAGAAUCGUCAAGCCAUUGAGUGCUAUGAGAAAGCUCUGAGUUAUGUAGAUAAUGAUGAGUACCUCAGAAAUCUUUGUGACCUCAAGAUGUCCAUACAGUAAAGUUACAUUCAGUACAAUCAUACAGUAAAUAGAUUCUAUACUGUAUUCUAUACAGAUUAUCAUUGCCUGAUAUUAUAUGGUACACAACAUUGCACGUUUUAAUACUCGUGCCAAUUUUGUGAUUGUUUGUUAAUUAAAAUGAAUGUAUUUAUUUAAGGUAAUAAUUAUUGUUUGUUUUCUGUCUUCUCUUUUUAAAAUUUUAAAAGAUUUUUUAUCUGUUUCAAAAUAUAACCUACUUUCUUGCUGCACAAUAUUUUAACCUGAUACAUUUAUCUUGUUGAAUAGUUACACACUUUUCCUAUAAAGCACUUUGUAUUUGUAAAAUUAAAUACUGAAUGUUUUGAAUGUUUACUGUAUAUCACCAAGAUAAUUUUAGUGUAUUAAAUAAUCAUUUUUGAAUGUUA